AUGGCGGCAGCCCAAGAAGUCAAGAUUGGCAUGCUCCUCACCGACCAAGUCCAACUGCUGGACAUGGCCGCUGUAGACUUGCUCCAAAUGGCCAGCCCGGAAUACAUGCGCAUCGUCGGUGUGCCGGAACCCGUCGCCUCGCAGGGCAAGCCCGUCAAGAUCAUUUACAUUGGCAAGCAAGGCGCCACCAAAGUACAAGAAGUCACUGCCACCUCGGGCGUGUGCUUGACACAUACCACGGCCGACAGCGAGGUUGCGCCGGGCAGUCUUGACAUCUUGCUGAUUCCGGGCCCGGAUCCGAACAAUCUCCCGGACCAAGAGACCUUGGACUUUGUGCGUGCGCACAAUGAGCACAAAACGACGAUGCUUGUGAUUUGCACGGGUGCGCUGCUUGGUGCUCACAGUGGUAUCUACAAUGGUCGAAAUGUCACCGGACCCCGGAUGUUGGAGCCACUCUUGAAGCAGCAGUUUCCGGAUGUUCACUGGGACUUUUCGAUAAGGUCACUUCAGGAUGGCCACCUCUGGACAGCCGGCGGCAUCACGAAUGGCCUUGAUCUCGUGGCAUCAUAUAUCCGGGCCACAUAUCCCAAGGAAGUAGCCGAGUUCGUGUGCUCCAUGGCAGAAGUGGGCGAUCGCCCAUUGAAGUACGAGGCCUAG